AUGUCAAGUUCAAGGGAAGAUAAUUAUCAAGAAAAGCAAGAAGAAGGUAAUAAUAAUAGUAUGAAUAACAUUGAAAAAAGUUCUAAAGCACCUUCAAGUAGUAGUUCAAGACAAUGGUCAUCAUCAAGUUUAAGAAAUCCAAGAAUUGUGAGAGUAUCUAGAACAUUUGGAGGCAAAGAUAGGCAUAGCAAAGUUUGCACAAUAAGAGGUUUAAGAGAUAGAAGGAUUAGGCUUUCGGUUCCGACCGCAAUUCAGUUGUAUGAUCUUCAAGACAAGCUUGGUUUAGGACAACCAAGCAAAGUUAUAGAUUGGUUACUUGAAGCAACGAAAUUCGAUAUCGAUAAACUUCCUCCACUUCAAUUUCCUCAAAGCUUUUCGCAAUUUCAUCAUCAUGUUCUUCCACAAACCCUACUUCCCUUUCAUGAUCAUCAAUCAAGUAAUGUUUUGUCUCAUGAGCUUUCUCUUGGUCCUAUGUAUGAUCCUAACUCUUCUACAUUUGUUGGAAUUCAAAAUCUCAUGACGAGAUCGAAGUUUUGGGAUGUGGAUUCGACAAGAGUUGGUAAAGGUAAAGAGGUUGAAAGAGAGUACUUUUGUGAAAAGGGUAAGUGGAUCAAAACAAAUGAUGAAGAAAAUCAAGUUGGAGAAGCUAGUUACAACAAUUUUCAUCAAGUUUCAACUCAAAAGCUUUUUCCUAUGGAAACUCAAUCAAGUUUUCUAAACAAUGCUAUGUCAUAUAACAACAACUACCAUUCAGAAGUUUCUAGUUUGUCUUUAUCUCAAUUUGGAAGUAAUCAUGGAUUGUUCCAAUCUCAUAAUCAACAAGUAGAUCCAAAUCAAAGUAAUGGAAAUGCUUUUCAAUUUCCAUUUUCUUUUCAAAAUUCACAACUAUUGUUUGGUCCUUCUUCUUCUACACAACCAUCGUCAUCACUUUUGAAUAAUCCUUUUAUGAACAACUCACUUGAAAAUGAUCCAAGAGUUCCAUUCAACCAUUUUCAAUUCUCAAAUUCAAGCUCUUCUCAAGCUAUGCCUCAUUCUCUCAUUCCAUCUUUUCAUCACCCGUUCAAUCCGCCUCCCGUUAGACCUUUUCCGAUUCCAUUUAGCUCGAAGCUUCUCGACUCGGAUAACAAUGACACUAGCAACCAGAUGGAUGGUAGGGGUUGUCGCGAUCGUUCUUGA